UACCUAACUUUAAAUCCCCAUCAUCUAAUCAUUCAAUAUUCGAAUCCAACAUUUGAAGUUUAAUCUUCUUUUCGCAACACCCUACUUCUACUUCUCACCAUGACGACUUACAAGAGUACCCCGCUAUAUGGAGGAGCUCUCAUCUGCGACCUCCCAGCUAACUUCGCUGACGUGAGCCUCAUAAGACAAGUUCCCGACCACCAAGAAGCAUAUAUCGACAAAGAUGGCUUCACCAGCAUCAUCUUUGAUAUCAACGAGCGCGUUGGCGGCCCGGGCAGCGGUCCCGAGAUAGACGGUCGCGCCUUGACCACGCACCUCGAGGAACUUGUAGGGGAAGACCUCGAGAACGUCAAGGUCUGGAAUACCACACCCACUGUAUUCUCCCGCCUAGACGACGAUAUCCCUGCUUAUACGCUGAUCGCAACACACACGACACAAAAGCCGGACAAGCCUACGGACGACGACAAGCCCCAGCGGCCGGUCAAGAAGACGGACUUCACGGCUAUCAUCCUGACGCUGGUACGGCUAGAGCGCGAGAAGACAGACCUGCUCAUCACCAUCAACGUGCCGCACAUCCGCGGCGAGUACGACGAGGACGACGUCGACCUUGAGCUCGGCAGGCAAGGAAAGCUCAUCGGCGACGCGGUCGACUACGCCGCUAAGAUCUGGGAGACUUUCAAAGUUAAGGACUGGGGUCUCUUCAACGAGGUCUAAGCGGCGAAAGAGUUGGGAAAUAAUAAUGGGAUUUGCGAAUGGGAUAUACUACUACCUACAUUGCCAAAGUAGCGUUGUUAUGCGACUAACCGGGUUUAAAUUAGGAAGAGUGCCUAGGAAUCACAGGAAGGGGAGAGCAUGACGAGACUUUGCUAAGGGGGGAUUUUGAGGGACGUCGUAGCAUGCAUAUUCGGCGGUAGGGAAGUGGAUAUGGAUAUGACAUGGCCAUUGCUUUAGGUAGAUAAGGAGGGAUUGUUGUCUCGCGCCCGGUACCUAGGGAGUUAUGUAGCCUAGAUAGAUAGUAUAUCUCAAUUACUCUAACUAUGCCUAGGGUUGGAUAGACGUGAUGUUGCUUCAAAGACGAACUAAGGGCUGUCUUAGCUGUGACUGACCGU